AUGCACAGUCAGUCAUCGGAUGACCGCAAAUUAGGAGUUAUGUCCGGAAUUAAGGACGUAACAUCAAUCGUACAAACAUUGCCUUCGGGCAGCUCUACAUCACGUUCGGUCGUUAGCCAGCAGAAAUCGCUUCCAGACUCGCAAGCAGUUUUACUUGCCAGUGGUUCCGUUCCACCAGGCACCUCACUCAGAGAUUUUGUGAAUGACCUAGACAAUUAUGUACCAACAAUACCUGAUGCUGUUACAAUUCAUUAUAUGAAGAAAAGUGGAGUUGAUUGUGCAGACUCACGGGUUAUACGUUUAUUCUCACUUGCAGCUCAAAAGUUUACAUCAGAUAUUAUUUUGGAUGCUAUGCAGCAGGCACGUAUGAAAGGGUUGGGACAAACAAAGAAAGGUACCAAAGAAACACGUUACACGCUAACUUCAGAACUAUUGGAACCCGUGCUUGCUGAAUAUGGUAUCGAAUUGAAAAGGCCACCGUAUUUUCAGUGA